GCGUUAUCCGCGUCGCUGCCGUCGCUCGUUAUGUCGGCGGCGGGGCUGGACCGGCCGCAGGUGGUGGUUCACGUGCAGCAGCCGCUGACUUACACCGUGUUCGACUGCAAGUGGGUGCCGCGCAGCGCCCGCCUGCUGUGCCUCGGCAGCGCCCCGCGAGGCACCGGCCUCAUCCAGCUGUACGAGCUGCGAGCCGGGCGGCUGCUGCUGCUGAGCGAGAUCGAAAAGGCCAAACCGAUAAAAUGUGCCACCUUCGGGGCAGCCUCCCUGCAGCAACGGCACCUGGCGACAGGGGACUUCGCGGGAUGCCUCAGCAUCUGGAACUUAGAAGCUCCUGAAGUCCCCGUGUACUCCGUGAAAGGUCACAAGGAAAUCAUUAACUGCAUCGAUGGGGUCGGAGGCCUCGGAAUUGGGGAAGGUGCCCCAGAAAUUGUGACAGGCAGCCGGGAUGGAACUGUGAAGGUGUGGGACCCUCGGCAGAAGGAAACUCCUGUUGCCAACAUGGAACCUGCGCAGGGAGAGAGCAAGAGGGACUGCUGGACGGUGGCCUUUGGCAAUGCUUACAAUCAAGAGGAACGUGUAGUAUGUGCUGGAUACGACAAUGGGGACAUUAAGUUGUUUGACUUAAAAGCCAUGUCACUGCGAUGGGAGACCAACAUUAAGAACGGGGUUUGCAGUGUGGAGUUUGACAGGAAAGAUGUGAACAUGAACAAGCUGGUGGCCACGUCACUGGAGGGAAAAUUCCAUGUCUUCGAUAUGAGGACUCAGCACCCAACUAAAGGUUUUGCUUCUGUUUCAGAGAAGGCACACAAAUCCACCAUCUGGCAGGUUCGGCACCUCCCGCAGAACAGGGAUGUGUUUAUGACGAGCGGAGGAGCUGGGAGCCUUCAUCUCUGGAAAUACGAGUACCCGGCUCAGCGCUCAAAGAAGGACUCGGAAGGAGCUGAGAUGGGGGUGGCAGGUUCUGUCAGCCUCUUGCAGAACGUGACUCUGUCAACACAGCCCAUUUCCAGCCUGGACUGGAGCCCCGACAAAAAGGGGCUGUGUGUUUGUGGUGCCUUUGACCAAACUGUGAGGGUACUGAUAGUUACUAAGCUUAACAAAGUGUGACAGGAAAACUGGGAUUGCUGAUGAGAAAGCAAUACAGUUUGACGUCUGUACAUACGGGAGGGAGGGACCUAUUGUCUUUAAUCUAAUUUCUCCCUUUUUAGAACUGGAUUAAGGAAAUAGAGACCAGAUCUUUCUAUUGAAAGUUGAGAUACAUGCACUUAAGAGUUGUUUGAUGGUGCUGCAAUGACUUGAAAAAGUUUCCAAGGCAUAAAAGUUUUACCUUCUGGAAAUGGGAAUUUACAUUAAAGUAAAGCGUGCCUUUCCAUUAACACAACCCGUAACUUAAAUCACAAGACUUGCUUGUGUUCAGUUUAACCACAGUGCAAAUCCAUUAAUGCUUGUGGAAUUGUUUGGCUGUUCUAUAUGUAGUGAUGGCCAUGUGCAUUCAUGCAGUGGAAAAUACUACACACUCCCCCAUAUAAACUCUGUACUUACUGGAUACGUGAGUUAGAAUGUUGGUUAAAGUGACUGAGAGUUCUUUAUUACACUAUAGAAGCUACAUUGAGUAUUAAAUAUCCAGGUUUAAUGGUGUGAAGUUGUUGAAGGUGGAAUCCAAAUUAAACUCUUGCACAAAAUGCACUGUUUUAUUCUUUUAGUUUGGUUUUGUAAUAAGCUUUUUAAAUGUUCUGUUGAUUUUUGCAUCUGUUUUUAACUUUGUAUCCCACAAAUAAAAUUAUUUGGGGCGUUGUUUUGAUAUGAAUGAAGUAUCUUAUUGGGACACUUUGGCACUUAGAGAAGAAACGCACUCCCAAGAACAGCAUGUAGUCCUUGGAAGGUCAUCAUCUUGCAUCAGAAGCUACUACAGCUAAUUCCCCUUUUAAAACGUAUUCUGAUGCUUUGGCAACCUCAUAAGGGUUCAGUAUUUUUUCAGAGCCAGCUGUGCCCUGCUUCUCAAGCCCAGAGUUCUGUGGAAGUCUGCUUUUAAUAGACUGAUGCUCAGCUAUAGGCUGUCUUCAGAUUCAGAGCCUCUUGUAUCCUGCAUUUGCCAAGAGGCAGUGGAGAUGAAAGCGCAGUGACUGAGAGUAGCAAACCAGGAGGUAUCUGAAAUACGUGACAGCUUUUUGUGGUGGAAGUUUGCUUAAAGAAAGCCAAACAACAAACAACUGAGGUUUGUAUAUUUAAGGUUUAAGCUGUGAUUUGGUUUGAAUUUUAAGCAGAGCAUCACAGGUGUUAACUGUGUAUGGGAAGCCACAAUACAGUGUCCUGUUGAAGUGGGUGAAUUAUCACCUGUUGCCUAUUUUUUCCAGAGUUCAGCUAUGAUAUGUCCUCUGUUUAUUAAUAAAGGCUUUUUUCCUCCUCUUCA